CACCACGGUUCCUCCACGGCUUCUAUGUGAGACGAUAGAAGUUAUGCAGGUAUAUAAAUGCUUCUGCCACCCCCUCUUCUGAGCUUCAAUGUCUCGAAGAAAAAUUCUCACGCUCAUCUGCAUCUCCCUCUUCAUCGCCCUCUCAUCCAUCCUCUUGCGGCAGCUCAACUUCACCUCAUCCCCACCAUCCUUUUCCUUUCAAACAAAAAGCAAAGCCAAAAUGUCAUCAGAAGCAAAAAUAGCCAUCAUCGUCGGCUCCGGACUUGCAGGCUUGUCAGCAGCUUCGACGCUCGUGGCAAAAGAAAUUCACGUCACGCUUCUCGAGCGCUCCCCCAAACCCGGCGGGAAUAGCAUCAAAGCCUCAUCCGGCAUCAACGGCGCACCAACAAAAUUUCAACCCGGGCCUCCGUUCUCCGACCUCUUCUUCUAUUCUGACACCAUCACCUCUUCUGGCGUUGCAUUUUCCUCGUCAUCAGGGGAGGACAGAAGGAGGGAAAAGCUGGUGGGAAAACUGGUUAAUGAGUCAAGUGGGUGUAUUGACUGGUUGGUGAAGAAGGGCGUGGAUUUGAGACUUGUUGCGCAACUCGGGGGUCACAGUUUUCCGAGGACGCAUCGCGGGGCAGGAAAAACACCACCAGGAUUCUCCAUCGUCUCUACUUUGGUCAAGGAGCUGAAGACUUCUCCUUUAUUUACCAUACAAACCGGCUGCGUGGUUACCAGGAUCUUGAAAGAGGGUGGAAAAGUUGAUCGUGUGGAAUUUGUGUGUGAAGAUGGCGAGAAGAAGGAACUAAGAGGGCCGGUCAUCGUCGCUACUGGAGGAUUUGCAGGCGACGCGAACGGCUUGCUCGCAACAUACCGCCCUGAUCUCGCCGGAUACCCAUCUACCAACGACGCUCGGCCGGGUUCCCAACCCCUUUUGACGGAAAUCGGAGCCCAACUCCUCGAUAUGGCAGAAGUACAAGUCCAUCCCACGGCAUUCGUGGAUCCAAAGGAUCUCUUGAGCCCAGUGAAGUUCUUAGCUGCGGAACUGUUGAGAGGGGAAGGGGGCUUGCUAUUGAGUGAUAAGGGAAGAAGGUUUGUGAACGAGAUGCAGACGAGGAAGGUCGUUACCGAUGCUGUUACGGCUUUACCGCUUGGUGAAGAGACUCCAAAGCAGUGGGACGUCCAGCUUGUGCUUGAUGAAGGGGUUUACAAAAACGCGAGCUCACAUAUGGACUUCUACAUAUUCAAAGGACUUAUGCACAAAUGCGCGCUCUCGGAACUCGGAGAAGAGGCCUUGAGGACCGUGAAGCAAUAUUGUCUUGCGUCGGCGGGAGAGGAGGAGGAUAAGCUUGGGAGGACGUAUUUCGGGCACUGGGAGCUUAAGCCUGAUGAAGUUUCGGGUGGGAGUGUAGUUUAUGUGGGAAGAGUUACGCCAGCUGUACAUUUUACGAUGGGUGGCGUUGUUAUCAAUGAGAAGUCUGAGGUUUUGGAUGCGAGUGGGGAGAAGAUAGAAGGUGUUUGGGCUGCGGGUGAGGUGGCGGGUGGUGUGCAUGGUGGGAAUCGACUGGGUGGGAGUAGUUUGUUGGAGUGUUACGUUUUCGGAAGAAUUGCAGGGAGUGAGGUUGUGAGAUAUUUGGACCUGUGACGCUUGGAAAAUGGAGUUCUGGGUUUGGGUGAUACUUGGGUAGGAGUGAAUUCUAGAUUGCUUCACUCUCAGAGAUACUUCUAUGAAUAUUGACUUGAAAUGACUUGAAUAAACCCCCG